AUGCGCUACUCUUUCACUCUUCUCGCCUUUGCCGUGACGGCUCUGGCACUUCCCACACCCAAGGCCGCCGAUGACGGCUCCUGGGCCCCGGGCAAAUAUGAGGGUCCCGGUACUCCCUACGACGACGGGAAGUGGUACCCUGGCAAAUAUGACCGCAAGGAAAAGCGAGAGGAUGAUGGCUCGUGGUACCCUGGAAAGUACGAGGGUCCCGGCACAGGCAAAGAUGACGGAAAGUGGACGCCUGGAAAAUAUGAGGGCGGAGACACUGGCAAAGACGACGGAAAGUGGUAUCCUGGCAAAUAUGACCGCAAGGAGAAGAGACAAGAUGACGUGGAUGACGGCAAGUGGGCACCUGAGAAGUACGAGGGUGGCGACACUGGCCACGACGAUGGCUCUUGGUACCCCGGCAAAUAUGACCGCAAGGAGAAGAGGGAGGACGACGGUUCUUGGCACGAGGGCAAGUAUGAAGGUGGUGAGACUGGUAAGGACGAUGGCAAGUGGGCGCCUGAGAAGUAUGAGGGCGGCGAGACUGGCCACGAUGAUGGAAAAUGGUACCCCGGCAAGUACGAUCCCAAGGAGAAGAGGGAGGACGACGGCUCUUGGCACGAGGGCAAGUAUGAGGGCGGCGAGACUGGUAAGGAUGAUGGGAAGUGGCAUGAGGGCAAAUAUGAAGGCGGCGAGACUGGCCAUGACGAUGGCAAGUGGUACCCUGGCAAGUACGACAAGAACUAG